UAUUUCAAGAAGUCCGUUAUCUCCUGUUCCACCAAUCAAUGCAAAAAUAUACAUGACAGAUUUCGAGGAUUACAAGAAGAACUUUCAUGACAUAAAGAAGAUCGCUGAAGUUGGUACGUUGGUUGUCAAAGCAUGUAUUGUAUAUUCUACCAUAAGCUCCCGUGUUAUCUUAUGUUAUUAUACUGAUAUGGUUUGUGUCUGAACUACCUGAAAAAUAUAUCUCAAACGUAGAGGUUCAGUGUAGGUAGUAUUCUACAAUAAGCUGUCGUGGUUUGUGUCUGAACUACCUGAAAAUAUAUAUCUCAAAUGUGGCGGUUCAGUGUAGGUAGUAUUCUACAAUAAGCUGUCGUGGUUUGUGUCUGAACUACCUGAAAAAGAUAUCACAAACGUGGUGGUCCAGUGCAGGUAGUAUUCUACAAUAAGCUGUUGUGGUUUGUGUCUGAACUACCUGAAAAAGAUAUCUUAAACGUUGUGGUCCAGGUGGUAGUAUUCUACAACAAGCUGCCGUGGUUUGUGUCUGAACUACCUGAAAAAGAUAUCUCAAACGUGGUGGUCCAGUGUAGGUAGUAUUCUACAAUAAGCUGUCGUGGUUUGUGUCUGAACUACCUGAAAAAGAUAUCUCAAACGUGGUGGUCCAGUGUAGGUAGUAUUCUACAAUAAGCUGUCGUGGUUUGUGUCUGAACUACCUGAAAAAGAUAUCUCAAACGUGGUGGUCCAGUGUAGGUAGUAUUCUACAAUAAGCUGUCGUGGUUUGUGUCUGAACUACCUGAAAAAGAUAUCUCAAACGUGGUGGUCCAGUGUAGGUAGUAUUCUACAAUAAGCUGUCGUGGUUUGUGUCUGAACUACCUGAAAAAGAUAUCUCAAACGUGGCGGUCCAGUGUAGGUAGUAUUCUACAAUAAGCUGUCGUGGUUUGUGUCUGAACUACCUGAAAAAGAUAUCUCAAACGUGGUGGUCCAGUGUAGGUGGUGUUCUACAAUAAGCUGUCGUAGUUUGUGUCUGAACUACCUGAAAAUAUAUAUCUCAAAUGUGGCGGUUCAGUGUAGGUAGUAUUCUACAAUAAGCUGUCGUGGUUUGUGUCUGAACUACCUGAAAAAGAUAUCUCAAACGUCGUGGUCCAGGUAGGUAGUAUUCUACAAUAAGCUGCCGUGGUUUGUGUCUGAACUACCUGAAAAAGAUAUCUCAAACGUGGUGGUCCAGUGCAGGUAGUAUUCUACAAUAAACUGUCGUGGUUUGUGUCUGAACUACCUGAAAAAGAUAUCGCAAACGUGGUGGUCCAGUGUAGGUAUUAUUCUACAACAAGCUGUCGUGGUUUGUGUGUGAACUACUGUACCUGAAAAAGAUAUCUCUAACGUGGAGGUUCAGUGUAGGUAGUAUUCUACGACAAGGUACCGGUACUACAUUUUUUAUAUUUUUACUAGCUACUCUGAAGACGACAGUCAAUGUAGAAUCUCGAUGUGAUCUGAAGUAUUUAAGAAUACUUAUCGACGAAUUUCUCAAUAAAGAGGUAAAUAAAGUAAUGUUCAAACCAUCGGCCUGAUAAUUAAUCACCGUCUCUUAUCAUUGGUUUUGUGGACCGUACCAAUAAAGAAUAAUUAUUUGCUUUAAAGAAUAAGGAAGGAGUUGACCUUGAAAGCUGCUGGUGUUUUCUAGAUGGUAAGUUUCAUAUAUACCGUUAUUUUUAACUCACUCAAAGUGUGAAUUUUAAUCUGCAUUGUGAAAUAAUACAUGUAGUUGAAAAUUCGUAUUUGAUUUAUAUUUAGCUUCGUACAGUGAUCGAGUGUACCGAAUAGACCCUGCUCAGGUGAGCUUCAUUUUAAAGUGCGACUAACCACUAAUAUGAUUUUUGGUAUGUGUAAUAUUUGGGUCAUUCGAAAAAGAAAUGUAAUAUAUCUUUAUAAUAAAAAAUUCCAUCUUGAUCAACUUUUUCACUGUCAAAGUUUCCGGAUAUGAUGUCAUUAGGUGAAUUGCAAAUUAGUUUUCCUUUGUUUUUUGUACCAAAAAUUUACCUAAUGACAUCAUAUCUGGAACUUUGACAGUGAAAAAGUUGAUCAAGAUGAGGUUUUUAACUAUAAAGAUACAUUACAUUUCUUCUCAGAAUGACCCAAAUAUUACACAUAUCAAAAAUUAUAUUUGGGGUUAGUAGCACUUUAAAGUUUUUAUCUAUUCAGUUCUUGCAAGCGACAUGAAUCAGCCGAGAUUUAUGGAAAUUUCUAGAAAGCUUUGUAUUAUAGGAGGGACUUUAUGACGUCACGGACAUCUUAGAAGAUGGGAUAUUUAUUGUGAAAAUUAACGAAGAGGAAGAAGCUGAGAGGUAAUAGUACAUGAUGUUAAACCAUUGUUGAAAUUUAACAGAUGAUUGUGUGAAACCAAAACUGCAAAAUAUGAGAAUGGCGUAGUGCAUAUGAAUAGCUGUUAUUUUUGUUUCAUUCUUUUAGAAGAGUUAAAGAGGAUGUUUUAACUCAAGGUAAACUUAAAGAAUCCCAAAUGGAGCAUGAAUUGAACUAACUUUAUACUGUACAGCUCUAUCAAUUGUAAACUGUUCUUCCUUUAGGUCCAGUAAGAGUCGUCUCUUAUUGAUCCAGUUUUACUACAGAAGGAAACUUAAACUAAACUAACUUUAUUUUUACUGGAUAGCUCUAUCAGUUCUGAACUGUUCUUCCUGGAGAUCCAGUAAGGGUCAUCUCUUAUCGAUCCAGUGUUACUACAGGAGAAAACUUAAACUAAACUAACUUUAUUUAUACUAGAUAGCUCUAUCAGUUCUAAACUGUUCCUCCUAGAAGUCCAGUAAGAGUAAUCUCGUAUUGAUCCAGUGUUACUACAGGAGGAAACUGGGGUAUUUGAUGAAUGCAGCGUUUGUAUAAAGUCAAACUGAAAGCACUGAGACUUCUCACAUUGUGACUUAGAUGAAAUGACAAUCAGACAACUGCAUAUUGUAGGUCAUGUCAUGUGACAGACACAUGCACCAACCACUAACAUCCAGUCUGUUGAAAUAAAUUACUAUAUAUUUUGUUUGUUUAGAUUUAAUCAAAGCUUGCAGUGAGGGAGACUUAAGCAAAGUAAGCUCCUUAUAUUCUGAAGUAAGCUUUACUCGAAUUUUUCGAUGGUGAGAUUUUUGCACAUUAAAAUUUCAUCUUUUCUGAUCAUUUUGAUACCAGUCUCGAUGCGAAAUUCAAACUAGAAGUUAGUGAAUUUUGUGUUUAAAGAUGGGUCCCUCUUGCGAAAAACUGGUUCGCGGUGUGACGUCACACCACUGAUCACCAAAGGUCUUUUUUUUCGCAAAGAAAGUGGCAAAAUUGGCGACUUCGAAGGCUUAUAAAAAUAAAGCUACUUGGAGUUUCGGAAAACGGUUUGCAUCUUUCGAACCAGUGCAAGAACUCUAUAACGUAAUGCAAAAAAUCUCACCAUCAAAAAAUUCGUUGCAUAAAGGCGGUUUUCCACUAGGCGAAAUUUUUCGACCGAAUCGAAAUUUCUCUUUGUUUCAUGAGCUAUCAAGCAGAACUAAUUGUAAAAAGACAAAGAGAAAUUUCGUUUCGGUCGAAAAAUUCCGCCUCCUGGAAUCAGGCCUUAAGGCCUAUAACGAAUUAAAAGUUUCUGGCCGUUGCGAAAAGUGUAAGUUUACAAGAAGUUGUAAUGAAUGCUCGACUACCUGGAAUGAUUAAGAUUCGAUUCCUGCCAGAUGCCUAUAUUAGCUAUAUAUGCUUGUAUUUUUCGCAACUGCUUCUGGGCAGUUUUGGUAAUUUUUUUGGCUGGCAUUUGGUAAGUAUGACGCCAAACUGCCAAAGCCAGCCGAGUAAAGGGCCUAGGUCUAGUCUGGAAACUGUAUGUAAUUUUUGCUCAAAAUUCCACCUGUUUCCAGGUUGAAAGUGUUCAGCAAUCUGGAGUGAGUCUUUCAAGGGCAGAUAUCUACGGUCGCUCACCUUUACAUUACGCUGUCAUUAACAACCGACCUGAGGUUGUGGAAUAUAUCGUAUCUCAUGGUAAGAUCUCAAUGGUGCGCUGGACUAUAUGAGAGUUCAUUUUUGACUGCAUACAUUCAUAAUUGUGCUUGGUUUUUUUUUCAGUCAGUGUUUCCGCGUUAAAUCAAGUCGAUGACACGUAAGUUGUCAAUAUGUAGAUUUACCACUGAUCUGUAAUAAGAUUGGAUAAGGGACCGGUCAUUUUUUAUGGGGGGGGGGGUGGCACCGAAGAGAAAAGGGUUGGGUAAACAAAAUUUUGAGUGAGUAAAAGGUUGGGUAAAUGAAAAACAAAACAACUCAAGGGUUGGGUAAUAAAAAUUUCCAAAGCAUGACUCACUGAAAUAUUGGAGACUAAAAAGCAAUGUCAACAGUCAUAUGUCAAUACAAUAUGUGAAUCAAUCGGAGUCACUGUCUUGAUCACUGGUUUUCAAUUUGUUGGGAGACAAAUGGUGUCUCCAAAGAAAGUACAUGUGCAGACAACAUGAAACUUUAGUGUGCAAAAAAAUUCACAAUCCGUUAUCAAACUCAUGUCACAGAAGUGGCAAGGGACUUGUGUGACAACUGAAUGGUACCAUUUUGUAAAGUUUUUGGCCAGGGGUGGGUAUUUAUUUUUUCAUUGAUAUUUGAGGUUGGGUAAUCAAAUUUUUUACUUUUUAAUGGUCGGGUCAGCAAAAUUUUUGCCACGAAAAACAUUUCUCUUCGGUGCCAACCCCUACCAUAAAUAAUGACCGGUCCCUAAAGCAUCUGUUGUGCAUAAGUGAAGCCAAUGGCGGCCAUAUUGGAUGGCCCCACCAUUAAUCUAAUCCAAGGCCGGGGAGGCGGCAGGGGGGGGGGCAAAAUUCCCGGGGCCCGGAGUGCUCAGAGGGGCCCGGAAAUCUCGGUAAAAUGUGCGUAAUGCUUAUCGCUUUAUGUUUGUCCUAAAUGAAACACGCUAUCCUCUGAUCGUCGUCAUCGAUCGUAAAACGUACCAAAUGUGAAAUUAAUAAACGAUUUUUCGAUCGUUCUCUCAGCAAAAUCAUAAACUGAACAUCGAUCGUUCACAUUGCGUUUUUUUAUCAGUUAUGCGGCGGUUUCUUGCAAGUAAUUCGCUGGCAAUUCGCUCGUUGAUUGCGAUUCAAAAUAGCCAGCGGUCGAGAGUCGAGAGGGACAGGUGGCCCGUGUUCACCAAUCGUCAUUUUGUCCCGGGGCCCGUGGUUGGCUCUCGUCGACCUUGAUCUAAUCUGGUGUUGUGGACAUGUUUAACUCUUCCUUUAUGUUUCUAAUCACUAGUGGGAAAAGACAAAUAUUGCCUAGAUAAGAAUUUAUCCUCACUAUAGCCUCUCUUUUUUCCCACAUUUUCCGGUGAAUAACUAAUGAGGCCAUCAAAUAUGGCUGCCAUAAGCCUCAUUAUGUGGUGUAUAAAACGUUCUAAAACUACUUCGAGGAGGUUUUGGAAGCUAUAUUUGACAAGUCACAUAGGCGAAGACAUUUGCUUUAUAGUCUAUCUGAACUUAAACAGCAAACGAUUAGACUGGUCAUGAAUUUGACUGAUUUAUAAAGCUCAUCUCAUUAAAAUAUUCUGGCUUCAAAAUCGGAUUACUGAAUUCAAUAGGAUGCUUUAUCCAGUCUUAUUUCAGAUCAGUGAUAUUUACAGACAAUGACAGAUGGUCGAAGAGACCAUCUCAAUAUCUCCAAGCGAAAUCGAUACCUUCACUGCCAGCUUAGCUGUUCUUAAUGCUUUCCCAACCCUAUAUCAAGUUAAAACAUAGUUGGAACACUCAUCAUAUUUUGUUAAUCUAGAGUUCGAAAUGUCCCCUGUGACAAUGCGUGACUGCAAACUCUCAUCCUCGUGAAUAUAAUUUGACAUCGCUUAUUCUCAUUCUAGUGGACAGACGGCGUUGCAUAAAGCUGCCAUAUUUCGAGUGCCAUCAAUAUGCACGACCCUAGUGCACGCCGGGGCGGAUAUUGCAAGAAAGGAUUACAAUGUAAGAGAGAUUUUUUGUGCAUCUCGUUCCAUCAAACUAAUAGUACAUGGGGUUCUUUUGUAGAUGAAAUUUUACAAGAUAUACAUUUUAGACGUUUUAUGUUAGUCCGUCCUUAGUGUAAAUCGUGCCAAUGUGAACUUAAAACCCUAAUUGAAUUGUUUUGUGUUGCAUCUCAUCAAUUGUACUUGUUCUCUUCAGGGGAAUACCGCUGCAAUGAUAGCCACAGAAAUGGGAAAUAAUAAAUUGUCAAGUUAUUUGCUGGGUAGGUUUAAUUUUGCAAUAUGGGAGAACAGUUUAGAACUGAUAGAGUUAUCUAGUAUAAAUAAAGUUAGUUUAGUUUAGGUUUUCUCCUGUAGUAACACUGGAUCAAUAAGAGAUGAUGCUUACUAGACCUCUAGGAAGAACAGUUUAGAACUGAUAGAGCUAUCCAGUAUAAAUAUAGUUAGUUUAGUUUAGGUUUCCUCCUGUAGUAACACUGGAUCAGUAAGAGAUGAUCCUUACUCGACCUCUAGGGGAAACAGUUUAGAACUGAUAGAGCUAUCCAGUAUAAAUAAAGUUUGUUUAGUUUAGGUUUCCUUCUGUAGUAACACUGGAUCAAUAAGAGAUGAUGCUUACUGGACCUCUAGGGAGAACAGUUUAGAACUGAUAGAGAGCUAUCCAGUAUAUGAAUAAAGUUAGUUUAGUUUAGGUUUUCUCCUGUAGUAACACUGGAUCAAUUAGAGAUGAUUGACUCUUACUGGACCUCUAGGAAGAACAGUUUAGAACUUAUAGAGCUAUCCAGUGAAAAUGUUAGUUCAGUAGCAUAACUUUGUUUUUCAGAACAAGAGAAGUCGCAGGAAGAGGACAGUGACGGUCAGGAGACAUCGGUAUGACGUCAUUGGAUGUCUGGGAGCACAUACACAUCACAUGACACGCUGGGAAGUAUUUGAAUAUUUCUUUACAUGUAUCAAAAUAUCAGUUUAUGCAACUGCGCUGUAUCUUCGCAGGAAUCUGUUGUUGAUUCUUGCCAGGUUGAAAAAAAUGAUCGAUCCAUCGUCAGCCAAUGUUGAACAUUGCCAAUGUUCAGGCAGUCCCAAGAAUGCUGCGUUGGAGCAACAUUUGGAAUGAUUUGAAUGACACUUGAUAUUUUUUCACAAGAAUCAACAACAGGAUUAGUGUCACGCCAUGGUAUCAUGGAUUUUGGUAUUAUUUUUAUCUUCGAUGUUCUGCCUAAAUCAAGAAAUAACGUUAAAAAUACCAUGUGUGGUAGCUACAUUUUCAAUAAGAAUCGAGGAUUCUCAAAUGAUGGUGUAAAUAUUUAAUGGUUUAAAUAUUUACCUACAAAUCGAACCUGCAAUAUCCAUGGUGUGACACUAAUCUUUUUAAUCCCGCAUCGAACCUCGGCCAUCCUAAACUCCGCGUAUAAAGCUUUUUACUGUAUAGUGAACAACUUAGAUAUCCGAAUUUAUGUCCGGGGGAAAAUGGUCAAAACGCGCUAUACUGAAUGUCAAAACAAGUAGGACACUGAGCUGUAUUAGCAACUGGGGUAUCUACUCAAAUUUAAAGUAGAUGAACAUAAUCCCGGAACAAAUUGAGAAUAUAUUAAGUAGCGGAAUUUCUGUUAUAUCCCAUGCAUCUUUCGCGCACAAUAGGGCUGGGUUAGGGUAGGGGGCUGGGAUUAGGGUUAAAAUCAAUGAGAAAUGUAUUUGUGCCCGUAACAUGAGGGUAUUAGCGAAGCUCUGAAAUAUCGCUCUGAACGCAUCAACUUAAACUGUAAUAUCGCUCUGAACGCAUCAACUUAAACUGGAGUGUUAUUUAAAUACAAUCACACUAGAACUCAGUUAGAGUUUCGUCUAUAAUUCGCUCGGCCGUUUUCGCCAAAAUCGUAAAAUAAGAAGGUUCGAGGAGUCUCAGUGAUAUAAUUUUAGUUAGACCUUCCUACGAAGGGGCUGUACAGAACAUAAUGUGAAUGUUUUUAAUAAAUGAAUGGCUCGAAAAGAAAUCUUCUUUUUGGUUUGAAUAAAUUACAAAAAAAUGUUAAAUCGGUAGCAAGGUAGGACAGUACAAAGACAAGAUUCCCGAAGAUUAAGAUUUAAAAUCUCGU